AUGCCAGAACAAUACACAGGUAGGUUACAUCGACUGAACUGACCGAAUGUCCACGCUGGAACAUUGACCCUUCCUCCCCACAUGCGGUCCUUUCUCCUCCGCUCGCUCCGACAUGCCCGUCGCUCGCUCACUCCUUCGCACAUGGUCACGACGCUCAAAUAGGACCUCUGAGCGGCUAUCGCAAGGGCGAGCUCAAGGAAAUUGCAUCUGCAAUGGACAAUGGCAUUGACACGACCAUCAUCCGCGCUGAACGUACGUUCUCACUUCUGAGCCGGUCGCGCCUCCCUGACAAUCUCGUUAUUGACCCGAUGUAAAUCCAUCUUGAUGGGUUUUCCACCCUCCAUCAGUCGAGAACCACAUCCGCAAGGCCCUUCGCGAAAGGGAGAGCUUGCGCACCGACAAGCAGUUCAAGGGCCUGUGGGAUGCUUUGCCCGAAACCGAACAAAACACCGAGAUCAACACCCUUGGCGAAGCGGCCUCCCAAGCCGUCUCGGCCAUCAAGUCCAUGUCUCGUACCCCGAAGAAGAGUCUUUCCAAGUUGGCUUCCAACGUCUCGACCCCUGCCGGAGACGUCUUGGCCAGUGUCGAGAAGCACGCCAAGGCGCUCGUUCCUUCGAAGGAGACGCAGGCCCGCCUCAGAAAGUCGCACAAUGACACCGUCACCGUCUACCGCCGCAAGAGCUCGAUGAACCUCCGAGAAGCGGCGUCCCAGGCCCGUGAGGUCGUUGCCGCAACGCAGGAGAUUGCCUCGUCGGCUUGGACCAUCACCUCGGUCUUGAUCGCCGCUGAAAUCUCUUACCUCGCCUGGUCCGCCAUCCCCUGGGGUGCAAAGGUGAGUUGCAGUGAUGGGAGAAUCUUCUAGGGCCAAGUCACUGAUCUGCCCGCCUCUUUCAUUUUCCCUAGGCGUUCGGCCCUCAUGAAUGGCUCACGCGCUCAGCGACGCCCGCCUUCGUCGUUCGAUACCCCGAUGUCUCGGUCCUGGCGCACCCGACCUUCACGCACGCGUUCCUCAAGUGGUCCUUCUUCACGAUCCUCCUCCCCUUGAUCGCCUCGGUCGUGCUCGCUUUCCCGCAAAACUCCAAGCACACCUCGGGUCGACCCGGUCGUCGUUCGGCGAACCAGGACGACGUCUCGGCUCCGAACCCGCUCUCGUUCGCAUUGGCGCGUACUUCGAUCGUCCUUUUGAACGGUUACAUCUUUUCCCGUGCCGUGAGCAAGAUCCACUGGUCGUUCGAAGCCGUUGAGGGCUACCCUGCCAUCUCUUUGCUCACCAGUGCUCUGUCAGCCGUCUUUGCGGCUUACGAGCAAAAGUGA